AUGAUCAGAUAUUCAUUAUAUGAGCCAGAUAAGGCUGGUAUCAAAAUCAAAUCACAGCUUCCUGUUUCUGUUGAAGACAAUAAAUACGUUUUCGAUUAUCCUUGCGAAGACCCUUCCUCAUGUACUGAUUACUCCAUUGCGCUCCAUCCAGGUUUAUAUAAAUUCGAAUUGUAUGGUGCUUCCGGUGGUAGUUCCACAGGCAAAGUGUCCACCUAUCAUUAUGACUCGGGUGAAUGCAUGCAGGAUAGUUUAGUCAGACUCUUCCACGGCAAUACAACAUGCCUCUCAUCAUUUGGUUACAGUGGUGCCGGAGGCUAUGUUCGUGGAUUGAUUCAUAUUAAGCGAUUAACACAAAUAUAUGCCACAAUUGGUGGUAUGGGACAAUAUCUGAAAAAUUCGAUUUGCUCACCCACCCAAAACUGUUUUCACAAGGAGCAUAUGGUUCCUGGUGGAUAUGGUGGUGGUGGUAGUUCUGCAGGAUAUGAAUUAUGUACGGCGAGUGGCGGUGGGCAAACUUCUGUCCAAUUUUUAGAAAAUUCCCUCUAUCAUCGAGUGAUAGUUAGCGGUGCUGGCGGUGGGUCUGAUGACUCUGCUGGUGAUGAUUCUAGAGGUGGCUCCGGCGGCAGCCUUGUUGCUCAAGGUUGGUGGGCUGACCGAGUCUACAACGGCAAAUAUUUAGCAAAUUCCUCAUCGGGAUUUACCUUUGGUACUGGAGAAGCCGCUCAGUUAUAUGGAUCUAAGAAUUCUAAAGGAGUACAAAUACCGUAUAAGCAGACUGAUAGAUGCGGUGCUGGAGGCGGCUGGUUCGGUGGCUUUGCUAGUCAUCAUUGCAAUGGAGGGUGUGGCGGUGGGAGCUCAUGGGCUUUGACAAAGGAUGCAUAUAUACCACCUGGCCUGAUCGAAUCGCGUGAUGAGUUUUAUGAGAAUAAUGAAUUGAGGAAAUAUAAUUUUGAUCUGAAUUCUGAAUAUUUAUUUUCAGAAGUUGAACACAUCCCGGGCAUCUGGCAAGGCAACGGUCGUCUCAUAAUAACAGUACUCAAAUCCCUCUUUAUUAACAGUUGUGUGUUAGGAUGCCAUUUAUCGAAUUAUUUCUUAGGAUUUAUUAUAUUUAUACGCUAA